AAUUAAACCAUCCAAGAAAAAACUAGAAGCCUCGGAGAAAUUCACAUACACAUUAGUAAUUACACUACUCCAUACUGAGUACUGAGAAGAUAAUCUUGGGAAGCAACCUUAGCUUAGUCAUGAUUUUCAAGCUUGUAAUAUGGGUAGUUAUUUCUUCACCACUGGUAGACUUUGUGGGCUCAGAGGAUGUCGGAUUCACCUAUCAUGGAUUCAAUUCGGCCAAUCUGAGCCUCGAUGGAGCGGCCGGGGUCAUGCCCAAUGGCAUCCUGAGACUAACAAAUGAGACUACGUUUCAAACAAGCCGAGCCUUGUAUUCUGUGCCUGUCAAUUUCAAGGGUCCAAAUGGUUCAUCUUUCUCUUUCUCAACAACCUUUGUGUUCGCUAUUGUGCCUGGGCUCUCGGUUUUGGAUGGCCAUGGAAUGACCUUUGCUAUUUCCCCAGUAGGAGGCCUUCUGGGCGGGCUUGAUGCCCCGUAUCUAGGCCUAUUCAAUGGCUCCAACAAUGGCAAAUCCACCAACCACGUCGUGGCGGUGGAGCUUGACACUAUGCAGACCAAAGAGUUUCGUGAUAUCGAUGGCAACCACGUUGGAAUUGACAUCAACGGGAUGAUAUCUAAUGUGUCAAAAUCCGCAGGGUAUUAUGAUGAUAAUGAUACCUUUCGUAGCUUGAGACUUGCUGGGAGCAAGGCGAUCCGGGUGUGGGUAGAAUAUGAUGGAAAAGCUAAGCAAAUGAAUGUUACAAUGGCUCCCUUGAUGGUUUCUCGCAAGCCUAAAAAGCCCAUCUUGUCUUUGUCCUAUGAUCUUUCAACGGUUUUUCAAGAAACCAUGUCUGUGGGCUUCACAGCCGCCACCGGUGCGGUUGUAUCAACCCAAUACGUUCUGGGUUGGAGCUUUAAAAUGAACGGUGUGGCUUUAGAGCUCGAUCCCUCUAAACUCCCAAAGCUCCCUAGAAUCUUGCCUAAGGGGAGGCCAAAAAUCUUGGUUAUUGGGGUGCCGAUAAUUUCAACGUUUGUGGUGAUCUUCUUGGGAAUUGUUUAUUAUAUUGGAAGGAAAAGGAAGUUUGCGGAGUUGCUUGAGGAUUGGGAACUUGAGUUCGGACCUCAUAGGUUUAAGUACAAGGAUUUGUACUAUGCUACCAAGGGGUUUUCAGAGAAGGAGUUAUUGGGAUCAGGGGGAUUUGGGAUGGUGUACCGAGGGGUGUUGAGGUCUUGUAAUGUGGAAAUCGCAGUGAAGAAGGUCUCUCAUGGAUCCAGGCAGGGAAUGAGGGAAUUCGUGGCGGAGAUCGUAAGCAUUGGCCGAUUGCGCCAUAGAAACUUAGUGCCACUUUUAGGGUAUUGCAGGCGAAAAGGUGAGCUCCUGUUGGUGUACGAGUACAUGCCUUAUGGAAGUCUAGACAAGGUUUUGUUCGACAACCCGAAACCCAUCACCCUCGGUUGGAGCCAGAGGUUUGGUGUGAUCAAAGGCGUGGCGUCGGGGCUGCUCUACCUCCACGAAGAGUGGGAGAAGCUCGUGAUCCACAGAGACGUUAAGGCCAGCAAUGUGUUGCUAGACGGGGAACUUAAUGGGAGACUAGGCGAUUUUGGUCUGGCAAGACUAUACGAUCAUGGGACCGACCCUCAGACCACUCAUUUAGUCGGGACGAUAGGGUAUCUUGCCCCGGAGCAAACUAGGGCCGGGAAGGCCACAACGUGCACGGAUGUGUAUGCUUUCGGGGCAUUCUUGCUUGAAGUUGUGUGCGGGAGAAGGCCUCUCGAUACACAAUUCGAAGAAGACAACGAUCUCAUCCUCGUUGAUCGCGUGUUUUCGUAUUGGUGUAGAGGUGAAAUUGUGAAAACUGUGGAUUCAAAUUUGGGGGCGGAUUAUGUUGUAGGAGAAGUGGAGCUAGUUUUGAAGCUUGGUCUUCUUUGCUGUCAAUACGAGCCAAAGUGUCGGCCCAGUAUGCGGCAGGUUGUGCUCUAUUUGCAGGGAGCUCUGCCUUUACCAGACUUCUCACUGCUAAGAAUAAUAUAAUUUGCAGUCUUAGCAAGUUUUCAGUCUUUAAUUUUCUUCCCAAACGAAUAAGCUAUAAGCAUUUUUCA